AUGGCUGUGGAGUCAUUACGGCGAGGCCGUGGCUUUCAUAAGAGGCGUCACAGGCUCAAUGCUGCCCGGGCUGAAUUAGCAGAGGCGGCGAAGGCGGUCGUGACGGAGACUGUGGAGCCUCCACUGGUGCGUCGGCAGGGAAAGGGCAAAGGCGGGGAUGGUAAAGGAGGUAAAGGCAAAGGCAAAGACGGCAAGGGGAAGGGUGCUGAGCCGUCUGCUGCCCCGGCUGCCUCCGCUCCCCCAUUAGUAGCUGCGCCUUUACCUACUGCGACUCCUCCGUCGAACUCAGUCGUGCUUAAUCCGGGCGUACCCGCGCAAGAGACGGUUGUGCCACCCGCCGUCGUCGAACAGUGUCACGACUUCGACGGCGGUGACCUCGGUGCAGACAACGCAGACCAGCAUACAGACCCAGACAACCUGACGACCAUCGUGAGUACACAGAUAGACACCUCGACGUCCCUGGUCGGUAGUUUGCAAACGUCCCUAACAUCCUUCACGAUCGCAUCUCCUCUCCCGACCUUGCAGACGAGUCUUGCCUCGGACGCCUCCUCAACGAGCACCCCAUUCGUCGCCUCUACCCCGUAUCAAGCUGCACCAUCCAGCACCACUACCGCACCUGCCUCGUCCCGAGCGCCGGCCAUCGCCCCCGGAACCAUAGCGGGCAUCGUGGUUGGGGUCCUUUCUUUAUUCUUUCUAGUCCUGGGAGCAAUAUGCCUCUUCUCCCGGCGCACACGGCGUCGCCUACUGGCCCCGGUGACGAGGCGCUUUACCAACAACACUCUGGUCAACAGCGACUCCCGGGGCAUGGGCUCGACAGGACGGCAGUCUGGGAGAGGUGGCGACAUGCACAAGUCCCUCGUGUCCGAGGCCGAGUCGAUGGCCUACACUACUAUCGACCAGCGCGACGUAAAGCCGCCGCCUAUGGCCAUGGUAGGGCCACCCAUGGGCUUGUCGCAGCACCCGGUCUUCAUGCCGCCACAUAAUGACCCCUCGAGGCCGAACUCGUGGCGGACAUGGCGGCCCAGUGCCACGUUUGCUCAGGGGCUCGACCCGCUCCCGGAUGACUUGCAGCUCCCGCCGCCGCCACCGCCGCACGCACUCACGGCGAGGUACUCGGGGCUCCCGCGAGGCUCCGGAGUAAGCACGGGCGGGGACAGUAGCACGCCCGAGUACGGCGCAUGGCCCCCGACGCCGUCGAACGCAAACCUCACCGCCCUGGCACCAGGCCCGGGGUACCGGCAACAGCAGCAGAACACCAAUCUCCCACCGGGCUACGUGGUGACCGCAAGUCCAGGCCGUGUACAGGACCGGGACUAUGAGAGGGGACAGCAGAUAGGCGAAGGGCAUGGGUCGUACUUGUCGUACUCGGAGACGCCGCUGGCAACGCCAAGAACGCCGAAGGUCGUGGAAGAGGUCUCACCGGUUGACAAUUGUGAUAACGACAGUGGGGAGGCCGGAGACGCCGGAAGGAGCAGAGAUAGAAACGACGAUGUCCAGGCCAGCGAGCACCGAGGAAGCGAUAACGACUACAGAAGAGGAGGAGGAGGAGUCAGCGGACUCGGCGAGCAUGACGAGAGCGGCGGCAUUCAAGAAGCGCGGCUGGGCCGGGAGGCUGGAGCGGGUGGCGGCCAUGGCGGCGGCCCGCAAGGGGUCGAGGAGGAGCCACCGCGCGAGCAAGGCCAGCAGGCGGAGCAGGACCAGCAAGACGAGCGCCCGAGCGAGCGUGGCGAGCAGGCUUUCGAGGAAGUCGAGGCAGUCGCGGCGGUCCAAGGACAGCCAGGGCGAAGAAGCAGCAGCACCGGAGGGUGGAGCCAGUGGUGGUCUUUCCGCCUAGCUCCGCCAUCCCGGGGUGACAGGGAGGCGUCGAGGUCAUCAUCGUCGUCGGCAGGGUUCUCGUGGUCCGAGGCGGCGAGUGAGCCGUACACGGCACCUCCUAGGGAUGGCUUCGGGCUGUCCAUCAUCGGCGCCAGGCAUGGCUCCAGCAGGUCGAGGGCUGCAGAGGAGGGCGCACAGGGGCCUUGUACCGCGCCCUUCUGA